AUGGCAGACGUCGAUGUUCCUGUGGGUAAAAAGGCCUUUGUGCCCUUAGAAAACAACCCUGAAGUGAUGACCAGCCUGGUGCAUGAACUUGGUCUCUCCAAAGGUCUUCAAUGGCACGACGUCUACUCUCUCACAGAGCCUAGCCUUCUAGAAUUUCUACCUCGGCCGGCCCUUGCCCUCCUUCUGGUCUUUCCCGUCACAGACACCUACGAGAAGUUCCGCGUUGAGGAGGACUCGUCCAAGGAAGACUACAGUGGCUCUGGUCCCGAUGAGCCUGUAGUCUGGUUCAAGCAGACAAUCCGCAAUGCAUGUGGCCUCAUAGGGCUGCUGCACUCUAUCACCAAUGGAGGCGCCACAGACUAUAUCACACCAGGAAGCCCGCUCGAUCAACUACUCAAGCAAGCCGUACCUCUCACUCCUGUCGAUCGUGCAGACCUCCUCUACAACAGCAAGUCUCUCGAAGCCGCACAUGCCACAGCUGCCGCCAAAGGCGACUCUUCGGCCCCGGACGCUGAGGCAUCUGUUGACCUACACUUUGUCGCCUUCAUCAAGGACAAGGAUGGUAACCAGUGGGAAUUGGAUGGACGGAGGAAAGGUCCCAUAAAUAGAGGCAAACUUGGUCCAGAGGAUGACGUGCUAAGCGAGAAGGGCCAGGAGUUGGGUGUGCGAGCAUUCCUGCAGAGGGAAGAACAGGCUGGUGGUGGCGAAUUGAGGUUCAGCGUGGUCAUGCUCGGGCCCAGCUUUGAGUAG